AUGGAUUCUCUAUUAGAUUUUGAAGAGUUUAAUUUUGGCGGGGCAGGAGUAGCAAGUCCUGUGGGUGCUGGCGGGGCUGCAGGAGGAGCCGUAGAAUCUCAGCUGCAUCAAUUGCAAUUGCAGCGACAGCAGCAGUACCAGCGCUUGCAACAGCUGCAAGCUCAACGGGACCAUGCCGCGCAUCAUCAGCCUGCACCGACUAAACCGGUGGCUUCCGGAGUAACGCAACACGUGGUCGGUGCCUCACCAUUACCAGAGCAGCAAGUCGACGGCACUUUGUUGACUCCUACUACACCGGAACAACAAGGUGCAAACAGCGCACUACUGGUGAACCCUAAAACCAAAACCGCACUGGCAAAUAUGCUGUCCAUUCGACUGCAAGGUACUGCGCAGCCACCUGAACACGAACCUUCUGCGGCGGGAACGCUCAGGUUAAUGACAGCGGCACACGCAGCUGGCGGAGGAGUGAGGGCUCCCACACGACUCCUGUUAGGUCCAGCACAUCAUGCACACCAGCAGGCCGGUGCAGGAGUGGCCGGCGUGGGUGUUGGCGUGGGCGCAGGCACACCGGUGGGCGUGGGCGGCGUGGUGGGCAGCAAGGUGUUCGCGCCCGCCGUGCCCGGCGUGGGCGUUGGCGUGGGCGUGGGCGUGGCCGGCGUCAGGGCUACACCACCGAGGGCGCAGUUCUACGGACACAAUCCCAACCUGAAACUACCCCCGGACCUGUUUUUGUUGGGUUGUGUUUUUCACAUUGUGGAAUACCAACAGUCGUGGGGCACGGAACGCGUGGCGCGAUGGGCGGAAGCAAUACAACGGCGCGGCGGAGAAGUCGAGCCUAAUUACUGUGCGAGAGUCACACAUGUACUUUGCGAGACGCAGAAGCAUGGAGUUGUUAUGCAGGCCCUACGCGACGCUAAACGCUGCGUAACUGCGUACUGGCUCUCUGACGCCAUGCUGCGACGAGGCGUAACUCCUCCCUGGCAAGCAUUGCAUCUUCCGAGCAUGUACGCAGCCAGAGAUCGUCCGGCGAAACAUCACCGCUGCGCCAUAACUGGCUGGCGCGACGAGGACCGCGAUCGCAUUAUCUACUGUAUAGAGCAUAUUGGUGCCAAGUUUACACCGUACAUGACUCGUGACAACACGGUGCUUAUAAGCAAGCGCGCUGAAGGCAACAAGUACAGGCGAGCGCGCGAGUGGAACUUGCCCGUCGUGACUGCCGCCUGGCUUACAGAUCUAUUACUAGGCAACAUGAGCGCACUUUCACAGAUUGAAAGUGCGAAAUAUCAACAAUUCAACAUGCCCAGUCCUUUCCGAAUGGAUUACAGUUUAGUUUCACAUCUAAUGAAUGCGUGGAAAAUGCCAAUAAACAUAACGCAAGAAUCGCACGAACGUGCGAAGCGCGCAGCAGCGGCUGUCUCGGGCGGUCCACGGCGCAAGCGGCCGAGACUGGAGCCCCCGCCGCCUGCGCAGCCGCCGCCGCAGCCCCCGCCGCUGCAUCUCGCACCGAGAGUUUUAUUCUCGGCUGUACCGCCGCAUGAGCUUUCUAAGUUGGCUGCAAUUGUUAGGCAACUGGGCGGCCUUGUAGUAACAUCAGCAGCGGAAGCAACACACCUCAUAAUGGAGAAACUUGUAAGAACUUCCAAAUUAGUCAGUUGCCUCGUCACAGUCAAGCACUUACUAUCUCCAGAAUGGGUGUUAGAAAGCCAGCGGUUGAAUAAAUUCGCAGACGAAGCUCAAUUUGGUCUUAAAGACGAGUCGUUCAACAAAAUGUACAAAUGCGAUGUAUCGGAAGUCUUACUAUGCGGUGAACAGAGAAGAAAACUCUUUGAAGGCAUCACUUUCUUCCUAACACCGUGUGUAAAACCUUCACGAUCACAGCUGACUGAAAUGAUAGAGUUAUGUGGUGGCAAAGUUGAAAAGAACCGACGUUCAUACGUGUCUAUAUCUGAAUUGCAUAACCAAAAACCGUUCAGCUAUUUAGUGUUAACAGUGCCAAACGAUUUGCAUCUUGUGUACUAUCUUUUGCAAACGGAGAAGACAUUAAACGUAGUGUGCAGUACGGAAGUUGUGUUGUCAGCCAUUAUGAGGCAAAAGUUGGAUGUUGAGGAGUUUCUUGUGAAAAUAGACUAAGUUAUUUUGGUAUAGGGUGAAUCGUAUCACUAUUGAGUCAUAUUUCUAGUACGAAAGUUAAAAAUAAAUGGCAACUUGGCGUUUGCUGUUAUUUGCGCCAUAUUGGAUUUUUAGUGACGUCAUUUGUCUAAUGGAAGCUGAUGACGGGUUAAUGUUAAAUGUAAUGAUAUUUAUGAAUGAUAUAAAGUGAACGUGUUUAACAUAUAGAGUGGAAGUAUACUAUUGCUCAGGCGGUUCUAUAAAUCCUAUUGUGGUCACCCUUCGAGAAAUAAUUAGAUUUAUAAUAGUAUUUGUAAAAAGUGUGAAGAGUUGAAGGUAGUAAAACACUAUGUUUAGCAGUCAAAAGAAAAACUCUGGCAGAAUACUAUUUACAAUAUUAUAAGAAUGUUCAAAAAUUAUUUUGCAGAACAAUAUUAUAUCUCCUGUCACAUGUGGUGGUUAACAACAAAGGAACGUUCAAGCAUGCGUUGUUUGUGACGUUAGGUUUAAUGAAAA